AAGAAGUUCACUGAGCAGAAAGGGGUGACCUUCCACUAUGUGCGAGCUGUACUGCAAGCCGGACACCCUGGCGCUGAGGUGGAAGCACAUCGGGCCUUCCUGCAAAGUUUUCUUUGCUGCGGAUCCCAUCAAAAUAGUGCGAGCCCAGAGGCAGUACAUGUAUGACGAAAAGGGCCAGCAGUUCUUGGACUGCAUCAACAAUGUCGCCCACGUGGGGCACUGUCACCCCGAGGUGGUCAGAGCCGCCCUGAAGCAGAUGGAACUGCUCAACACAAAUUCUCGGUUCCUCCAUGACAACAUCGUGGAGUAUGCCAAGCGCCUUACAGCUACCCUGCCGGCCAGACUCUCCGUUUGUUAUUUCACAAAUUCAGGAUCAGAAGCUAAUGACUUAGCCUUACGCUUGGCUCGGCAGUUCAGAGGCCACCAAGAUGUGAUCACUCUUGACCAUGCUUACCAUGGUCACUUAUCAUCUUUAAUUGAGAUCAGUCCAUACAAAUUUCGGAAGGGCAAAGAUGACAAGAAGGAAUUUGUGCAUGUGGUGCCGACUCCAGAUACUUACAGAGGAGCGUACAGAGAAAGCCACGCAGACCCCGCCAGUGCCUACGCAGCUGAAGUGAAGAACGUUAUUGAAAAAGCUCAUGCCCAGGGAAGGAAGAUUGCUGCCUUUAUUGCUGAGUCCAUGCAGAGUUGUGGCGGACAAAUAAUUCCUCCAGCAGGCUACUUCCAGAAAGUGGCAGAAUAUGUACACGAAGUAGGGGGAGUGUUUAUAGCUGAUGAAGUUCAGGUAGGCUUUGGCCGCGUUGGGAAACACUUCUGGAGCUUCCAAAUGCAUGGUGAAGACUUUGUUCCAGACAUUGUCACCAUGGGAAAACCAAUGGGCAAUGGCCACCCGAUGGCAUGUGUGGUGACAACCAGAGAAAUUGCAGAAGCCUUCAGCAACUCUGGGAUGGAGUAUUUUAAUACGUAUGGAGGAAAUCCAGUGUCUUGUGCAGUUGGUUUGGCUGUCCUGGAUAUAAUUGAAACUGAAGACCUUCAAGGAAAUGCCCUGAGAGUAGGGAAUUAUCUUACUGAGUUACUAAAUAAACAGAAGGCUAAACACACUCUGAUAGGCGAUGUUAGGGGUGCUGGACUUUUUAUUGGGAUUGACUUAGUGACGGACCCUUUGAAAAGGACCCCCGCUACAGCUGAAGCUCAGCACAUCAUCUACAAGAUGAAGGAAAAAGGAGUGCUUCUCAGUGCUGACGGACCUCACAGAAACGUGCUGAAAAUAAAACCACCCAUGUGCUUCACCGAAGAAGAUUCAAAGUUUAUGGUGAAUGAGCUUGAUGGGAUCUUAACAGCUUUAGAGGAAGCCUUGGGAGCCAAAACUGAGAGUGCGGUCUCUGCAACAGCUCCGUGCACAGCAAAGGUGCCUAAAGGAGCACACGUGGAAUUGCUCGACAACAGCACUGCUGACUCCAGAGAAAAUCCUGGCAGAAAAAGAAAUGGGCUGUGCACUGACACGUGUCCUCUGCUCAGUAAGCGGCUCAAGACAUGAAAGAGGAGAACUGCAAAGCCAGCUCAGUGUCCAGGGGGACAGAUGAUGUAUACAUGGGUGUCUCGUCAGUUAAUGGCUCUGCUGUACCCUAAUGGCCCAAGGCAGAAGUUUCAUUCAGCUUAGAUGUGCAAAUAAACUGGUGAGUCAGAAGAACAAACCAAGUCAUAAUCAACCCAUGUCAAGAUUGUUAGUUCAGUCUCUAGCCUAUGAAUUUCUUAUUGGAGAUUUCUGAAGGUACUUAAUUUAUUCCAUGAAAUUUAGGCUUGCAAAUUCAAACUCAGGUUGGUAGUUAUGCUUUAUGUUUUCAUGUUUGAAAUGACAAGGUCACACGUAAUAGGUUCCUUAAUUGUUGAGGCUUUAUGCCUUAAGAAACAAACUGUAGAAUGAUUUGUUAUGUCAAAGCAUAUUUAU